AUGGCGGUGUUAACCCAGCAGGCUGGCAUCAGAAUUAACGUAACUACCGUGCAGGAUGAUGGGGAGACAUCUAAAAUACAGGUUGUUCUUAACAUCACCUAUGAGAGUGGACAGGUAUAUGUAAAUGACUUCCCUGUAAAUAGUGGUGUAACUCGAAUAAGCUGUCGGACUUUGAUUGUGAAGGAUGAAAAUCUGGAAAAUUUGGAGGAAAAAGAAUAUUUUGGAAUUGUGAGUGUAAGGAUUUUAAUUCAUAAGUGGCCUAUGACAUCUGGAUCCAGUUUGCAACUAAUUGUCAUUCAAGAAGAGGUACUAGAGAUUGAUGGAAAACAAACUCAACAAAAGGAUGUCACUGAAAUUGAUAUUUUAGUUAAGAACCAGGCAGUACUCAGACAUUCAAACUACACCCUUCCUUUGGAAGAAAGCAUGCUGUACUCUAUUUCCCGAGACAAUGACGUUUUAUUUACUCUUCCCAAACUCUCCAAAAAAGAAAGUGUUAGUUCAUUGCAGACCACUAGCCAGUAUCUUAUCAGGAAUGUGGAGACCACUGUAGAUGAAGAUGCUUUACCUGGCAAAUUACCUGAAACUCCUCUCAGAGCAGAGCCUCCAUCUUCAUAUAAGGUAAUGUGUCAGUGGAUGGAAAAGUUUAGAAAAGAUCUCUGCAGGUUCUGGAGCAAUGUUUUCCCAGUAUUCUUUAUGUUUUUGAACGUCAUGGUGAUUGGAAUUGCAGGAGCAGCUGUGAUAAUAACCAUUUUAAAGGUGCUUUUUCCACUUUCUGAAUACAAAGGAAUUCUUCAGUUGGAUAAAGUGAAUGUUAUACCUGUGACGGCCAUCAACUUAUAUCCAAAUGAUCCUGAGAAAACAUCUGAAAACCUUGAAGAUAAGACAUGUACUUAAAAAAAAAACACCAUCUCAAAUCAUGGAAUUUGCCACUCGAAUAUAAUUUUUCAAAAAUCAGUAAGAAUCAGUUU